AUAUUUAAGCCACUGGCCGACUCUCUCCCCAUCCAUCUCUGCCUUGGCUCUGUCCCCUGCUACUCUUUAAAGACAAAGGAGGCCCUCCAUCAGCACUCAGUCUCCCAACGAGUCCAGCACAAGACGCUCGAAGAUGCCGGACACAAUCAUGUCCAAGGAGCCCACUUCCAACCUGGAGAGUGCCAUGCAGAUGCUCAUAAAAACCUUCCACAAAUACUCGGGGAAGGAGGGCGACAAGUUCACUCUGAGCAGGGGCGAGCUGAAGGAGCUGCUACUAGAGGAGCUGGGUAGUUACCUGGGGAGCUCCAAAGAUAACGAAGCAGUGGAGAAGGUGAUGAACGACCUGGACGCCAACAACGACGGCGAGGUGGACUUCACAGAGUUCAUCAUCCUGAUGGGUGCCCUCACGGUGGCCUGCAACGACUUCUUCCUGGAGUACAAAACAGACGACAAGCCCAAAGACGGGGCGGCGGAGAAGAAAGAUUGAAACUAGGCAAGAGAGGACGGAGUAAAAACAAGAGGAGGUGGAGGAGGGAGUGGAGGAAAGGAGGAAGGGGGGUGGGGUGGGGAAGGACUGUAAAACUGAUGGCUUUUCUUUUUCUUCCACUUUUCGUCUUACGCAGUUUCUAAACGCUACAAACACACAUCAGAGGAGAUGUCCAAGCGCUGGGUUUGUGGGUCACAGAACAUGAGGAAUUUAGUGGGAGUGCUAGCUGUUUCCCCCUGCAAAUGUUAUUCAUACCAGAACAAAUCCGGAUCGGGUUCCACGGCUCUCGACGCAGAGGGCGACCUAACGUACACAUCAGGGUUUAUUUCACCAUGUUUAAGCUCAGACUCGUCCGAGUUUUACAGUAGGGGAGAGGUUAGAAGAAGGCGCCGGAUUGGAGACGUGUGUUUGAGCCCUUUCUUGCACAGUGAAAUAUUUGUGACCGUAUAUAUAAAUAUAUAAAGUUUCAGACCAUUAUAUUAUUGUAUGUACUCAGUGUUGAAAGAUAGGGGAUCCUGCACCUAUCUUUCAAGCUUUUAUGAAAAUAACCAAUGCUUCAAAAUAUUAAACAUUGUAUUUAACCAACAAGGA